GAUAAGGCACAUGGUUUCCGGGUCACUUUAUAAGGGUAAAUUGCAGAUGUAAAUGAAGGAUGCAGUUUGAAAUCGCUUUUAUUAACUAAAUUGUGUUCUUGCAAAACCUGUGUAGUGUUUCUUCAUAUGACUGGGAUAUUAUAUGAGUUGCUGUAAAUGGCUUCUUACGUAUCGUUAUGGAUAGCGAAACAGUUCGGUCGGAACGCUAUAGUUGGUGAUAGUUUCUGCUGAUGCACUGAGUUGAGAGUGAUGUUCAGCCACAUUCAGCAGAAAAGUAUCUCUAAAUUGGAUUUCACGGCUUGUUAACAAGUGUUUCAUUCAGUGUCGUACUUUAUUUGAUGUGUGGCGGCGCUCAUUUGUCCAUAACCUUUAGUAAGGGGAGAGCAAUUAAUGCCAGAGAGCGAGGGACAAGCAUGAGUCAUUUACUUGUGAAAAAUAUGUAACACUCAAUGAAUUACUACGCAUAUUAUGUAUAUCGAAGAGAUAGCUGUACUAACAUUUCAUAACCGAAAAUAUGAAUGUUAUAGAGUCAUAGUUAAAUUGGCUCUUGCGUCGUUAGGACCGCAACACAUCUGCUUGAACGUGGUAUUUGCAAAUAAAGAGGAUCUAGGAUCGAAAGAAUCAAUUACGUGUGGUGCAGUGUGUUAUUAUCCGCAAACACAUUUCAAGAAAUUACGUAGAACAGUUAACUCUGAUUAAGGAAACAAAAGCUUAUAGAAAUGUGAAAUUUUCUAAGGUGUCAGUUCUGAUAGAUGGCAACAGUAAAUGGAUAUUGUCCCAAGCUGUUGGCGAAGACUGAAAAUAAGUUUCUGACGGGGUUGGCAGUACUGCUGUGCCAUCUAAAUGUUAAGUUUAGCAGUACUGCACUAGUAGUUCUGAUAGAUCGAAAAGGAAGAGGGAUAACCAUGUGUGUUUCGCUUAUACCAGAUUUGCCAUUUCUGUUCACAUAAAUAGUUGAAAAGGAAAUUUACUAUUGAUAAAACGAAAUGGGACGGUUAUUUAUAUAUAGUUUACUGAAUACCCCUUGCUUAGCCAACUGCUGUAGUUGUAUGCCAAGAGAACAUCUUUUUGCUGAUGUUUUCUGGGAAUUAAAUUUGAGUAUGUUGUGUUGUCAUCAAAGUAAAAUGUCUGGCUAAUAAGGAAAUGUUGGUACAAGUUUAGUAAAUUCAGGCAACUGAAUUUUAGUUGAAAUGUGCUGUGAAUCAGAAAAAAACUGUAACACUUAUUGGAAACAAGUGUUUCUUUGGUGGUGAAGUUUUCAAAGAUGUCGCAUAUUGAAAGUAGUCUUAAUUACAUAGGUUCAAAGCAAAACUUUUAAUAUGUGGCUUACAAAGUCAGUCAAAACAACAUUGAAAUUUCUUUUAUGUUAAUUUCCAUUUGUACAUUGAACUAGAAAUACUUCCUUACAAGGUUUGGGAUACUCUGAAGGUGGUUUCUGUUUCAUUGACAGUGUGCUAAUUAAAAAGGUUACUAAGUAUUCAGCGAAGAUUGAAAAAGGACAGUAUGUCAGUGUUGGGUUUAAAAAUACAAAAGUAAUAAAUAAAUGGUCAUUGUCUUUAAAGCUUACGUGUACAUGAAUGGGGACAUUGGCAAGCUCCCUUCAGGGGCGGUGUACCCAGCCACCCCUGACUCGCUGGCCACCACGGCAACUACGAGCUCAGAUUUCAGCUCUCUUAAUGGCCUAGGAGAUUCACUGGAGACGUACGUGCAGGAUAGCAGUCCUCCAGGGGGAUCGCUUGCGGAUCCGAGCCCAGGAUCUGAUGCAGGCAUCCCCCUGGACCAACUAAAACAAAUGCUGUCUUCGCAGUUAGAAUAUUACUUCUCAAGGGAAAAUCUGGCAAAUGAUGCAUAUUUAUUGUCACAAAUGGAUAAUGAUCAAUAUGUACCAAUAUGGACUGUGGCAAAUUUCAAUCAAGUGAAGAAACUGACAAAAGAUAUAAAACUUAUAACAGAAGUUUUGAGAGAGUCACCAAAUGUACAAGUUGACGAGGAAGGUCAGAAGGUGAGACCAAACCACAAGAGAUGUAUUGUAAUUCUGCGUGAAAUACCUGAUCACACCCCAUUGGAAGACGUAAAGGCCCUGUUCUCUGGUGAAGGUUGCCCAAAAUUAAUUUCCUGUGAAUUUGCGCACAAUAAUUCCUGGUAUGUAACUUUCGAGUCUGAUGAAGAUGCUCAACGAGCUUACAGAUUUUUGCGUGAAGAAGUUCGUGAGUUUCAGGGAAAGCCUAUAAUGGCUAGAAUAAAGGCUAAACCUAUGAAUAGGUUACCUAUUCCUCCAGUUCCUUCCAUGGGUGUAGCUCUGAAAAAUGGCUACAGAACACCACCUGCACUUUAUGACCCUAACACUUAUCAGGGGCAGCAAAGGUUUCUGUAUUCAAAUGGUAGUUCUGUGGCACCGAAUGUAAACUUUGGAAGUCAAGUUCAUGUUUAUACAUUUCAUCAGCAGCAUCAGCCUUUCUAUCCACCAAAUAUGCUGCAACCCUGGACAACAGCUAGCCCAGCAUAUUUUGAUAUUGGCAGUGUUUUCUCUGUUAAUGGAUUAGCACCAACAGGAUCUUUCGCUAAACCUCCAGCUGCUCGCUACGUCCCCCGAAAUAGAAGCAAGAGGAGUCAGCCUAUUCCCGAGCGAGGAAGCUUGUCUGAUAGUGUUGUGAAUGUUACGAGACAGUCGGUAAACUCACAUCAGUACCACCCUUUCGGAACUGGCAGCGUGACGACCGUAAGUGUGACAGUACCUAAGACUACAAGCAGCAGUGUUGCGUCUGUGGGGAAAGUGCAGCCCACAGUGACAUCAGUUGCAGCUACGACAGUGGUGACUGCAACGGUCGUCGACAGCCAUUCCAAAAGUCAACCAUUACAGCAAGAUAAUGGAGAUAUUAAUGGACCUAACCAGGGCACCCAACUACGCACGGAAACGGAAGACUCGUUCAAGCAGAGGGAUGUUUUGACGGGAAAGGAGCCAAUGCCUCCCAGGCACAGGCGGAGACGGAGAGAGGAUGAGGUUUUAGUGACAGGGAGGACACCAGCUGUGGUAGGAGUGGCGAAGCCUGCAUCCUCAGGGGGGAGCCCCCAGCCCGUGAACAGGGAAACACUCAGUGUGAAUGUGAGAACUGCUCAGUUUGACCUCGAGGCCACAGCAUUCCCACCACUUCCAGGGCUGGAAGCUGUGACUGGAACUGCCACCAAAACUGUCGCGUCUGUUGAAACGACGCAUGCUGAGACGUCAAGUUCUCAUUGGGAAAACAGGCUGUCUGAUGUCGUUAAGGGGACAGCAAAACCUAAAUGCCAGGCUGGUGGUACGAAUGGCAGUGGGAAGGAGAAAGAAAGCAGCAGUAUAUCACCCCGCGGUCUCUCACCAGUGCCCACUGUGCCUCCUGCGCCUUCCACUUCUCCAGCACCUGCCUGUACACCUUCGCCAGUUGCAGUUGCUGUGGCAGUAAACACUGAAACAAAGUCAUUGCCCUCGCCCCCACAACUGCAUGGCACUCAGCAUGAGCGUGAGGUGAAAGAUGUUGGCACGGGUAGUGACACUGCAUUGAGCCUGGUCACUCUCACACCACCUUCUUCCCCAGAUAAGACAGUUCCUGUUGUCAAAUGUAUGGCAGACAAAUCAACAAAGACUGAUGAUACCCUCCUGAAUGGUGACAAUUCGUGUGGGGUUGCUGGUGUGAAUCUCCGACCAGAUUCGGGAACAGCUUUCAGUACGAAACAAGGAACGGUGAUGUCUAAUUCUACAGCUGCAGUACCAGUCACAAAGCAUGUGCCGACAACUACAAAUGCAGCCACCAUGACAAGUGCUGUGGUUGUGACUGAUACAGUAGUCACGCCUGCCCGCCAAUGUCCGCCAACUGUUGUCACAACAGGCCUGCCACCAAACUCAAUGGCAGCACCAGUAGCAAGUUCUGCAUCUGUACCAGAUACUUCUGCACCAACUUUGGCACCAGUCAAUGCUUCACCAGUUGAAACGGCUUGUGCUACGACACGCCUCAGCUAUGCACAAGUAGCGCAGCACAACAAAGAAAAACUAAUGCAGCGUGAUAAGCAAAGCUCAGAGCAGCAAGAAAAAGAGAGAGAGAAGGAAAAGAAGAAAGAUACACAGACAAGUAGGGGCGCGCAGCAUAACGAUUCUAGAGAACAAAGUGCUCCACGUGAAUACAGGGAAGGCCAAGCGAGGCAACAUAUGGGACGUGGAGGGCCAAGACCUGUGUAUGACCGCGACCGAGGAGGAUUGAGAAGACGUGAAGGUGCACCUCGUUAUCGUGAGUUCCUGAGACCGCGUUCCCCAAAGUAAUGGUUUUGCUGAUGCUGAUUAAUGAAACAGGGUUCUACACAUUUAUAUUUCCUGAAUUCAGGGAUCUCCUUCCUGAACAACGAAAAAGUGAAUAGUUUGAUUGCUCGCUCAGGUGUUAGUGCAUCAGUUGCAGUGAUAGGUGCUGCUGACACAUUGUGCUGCUAAUUACGGAAUGUGGAUUUGUGAAGUUACUUGAAUUUGUGGUUUCGUGUGGAUAACCUCGGACUAAAUGGUUUAAUGUAUAUAAUGAAGUUCUAUUGCACUGUAGGUUUGACCUAACAAAACAGCCCAAAGUUGGCACCAAGUGCCUCAUAACUGGUUCAGAAUCUUGAACUUGUGUAAAAAUAGUGCUUUUUGUUGCAGCUUGCAAGCACUCGUACAUAAGCAACUGACUUUUAUAUGUAAUACAUAUAUAUAUAAAUAUAUUAACUGUAUAACAUAAAUGGAAAUGAGUGUACAUUAACUGGACUUAAGUUAUUUAGUAUCUGGUGUUGAUUAUGGUUAUGUAGAUAGCCAGUCAGAGUAUGGUCAUUUCAUACGCCUUCAGUUAGAAUUGUGCACGUAACUCAUGCAGAAGUAAGUUUUCCAAUGUCUACCACUGGAUACUGCUGAUGUUAAUCAUUGUUGAUAGUCCUAUUUGUGGUUUGUUGUAAAUGCUCUUGGGCAUAAGAAUUUAUAUUGUGUGCGGAAAAAAUAUUUUGAAGGUGUCAUUAGGCUCCAUAGAAACUGAAAGGAUUUUUUCUUUUUCUGCUGGUGGUUAUGUGCGAUUUCGAUGUUUGAAAGUCUCACUUAGCUGAGAUAGUGUGUCUGUGUGUAUGUUUAUGUGUGUGUAUUUAGCCAGAGACUGUGAUAGCCCCUAUGUCUGACAAAUACCACACAUGUGAAUGUCUUGUUAACAGUGUAAAAUAUCAGGGAUAUGUAUAUUUGAACAUAUUACUGCAUAAAUUUAUAUAUAUACAUAUAUAUAUAUAUGCUUUGUUGGAAAGUUUUGGAGAAUAUUAACCUCCAUAUUGUUUGCAUUCUUUCACUUUUUAUUACUAUUGUAAUUAUUUUGUACCCAUUUAUUGUUGGCAGUGUGAAAAGUAUUGCUAUUUUUAACUUGCCCAUAAACAUACAAAAACUUUAUCUUUCUAGCUUCCUCUGGCCUUUAUUAGAUCUGCAGUCUAAAAUAAAUACGCUAUAUAACAGCUUACCAACUGUAGAGGGUAUGUGUAAUGUAUCAUCAUGCAUUUUUGGUUCUCUGAAGUAGUUAAGAGAAAUAAGAAAGACUGACUUCACAAAUGUUGUACUGAAUGCUGAUUCAUUCACACUACUGAUGUAGUUAAUUUUACUUCAGAUUGGAAUGUUUUAAGUCUUAAAAUUAAGUUUGAGUAACAGGUAGUUUCAUAAUGUACUGGAUCUGUGUUGAACUGAAUGUAAAGAUUUAACAGGCCUAUAUUAAGCAAAAUGGCAUUGUGUAAGAGGGAAAAUAUGGAACAGUGUGAAAAUGUUGAUUGCUAGUAACCAAUUAUGACAAUAAGUAAUGUCCUGAACUUUCUUAAUGAGAGAGUCAGAUCACCGUUGGAUGUCAACAUAGAUUCAAGAUCACCUUCAAAGUUAUCAAACCAAUUUUAAGAAUUGAAAUGUUUUGUAAAUGUGCAUUUCUUUGAAGUGUUGCACUGCAGGUGCUUGUAAAGAAUUAUAGUUUUAAGUGGGCAACUUCUAGCUGAUAUUGUAUGUUGGAGUGCAUGUCGAGUGGCUGUGUGUAUAUGAACUGUCCCUCCCUUCAUUGUACAGAAUUAAAUUUAUUUUUGACAUGUAAAAUGGUAAUGAACUCUGGCAAAAAGCCUUUCCUGAUUCACUGCAGUAAAAUAAGUUAUGGGAUAAGACAAAUGUGAGAUGAAGACAGUGAAAAAAGUAUUAUGCCAAAAAAGGGUGUUGGGAUAUGAUUGAAGAACUGAACAUGCAGUUGCAAGAUGAAUUGUUAGUGCUUUAUUAAUUGUAUGUAACUGCAAAGUAGUGAGCCAUAUGCUGCGGAAUUUCGCCUCGUCGCUUAAUGCGGAAUUUGAAGACUGGAUGGCUCAUUUCAUUAAUAUAAUAUAUAUUACAUAUUUCUAUGUACACGGCAUGCUUUUUGUGGACAAGUGUGUGUGAGCAGAUUGUGUUUAGUUAAAUUCAGUAUCUUUUUCUGCAAAUGCAAUGUAAUUUCAUGUCCUGAGGCAUCACACUAAGGUGAGCUAAAUUAGUGAUGAUUCAUUUCCAAACUUCACAUUUAAGCCCGUAUUAAUUGUUGUGGAAAAAUUUACUUGGGUUACAUGUAUGAAGGCAUUUAGCAUUUUUAUCAAACAAAAGCAGUUGCCUGGUAGUAUGAACAUUGAUGUUGUAACAUUGUUUCUUUUGUAAAAGGUUCCUGUAUAUUGUCAAGGCUACAUGUUGUCCCACCCCUCUUGCAGUCAAAGGACCCACCUUACAUUUUUGUCAUUCUGUAAAAUAAAUUUUGUAUACUGCUAUAUCAUCACGUGUUACACGGAGAGUAAAUCUGUAGAACGUAAAGAAGCAAUGUCUGUACUUUCUGUUAAGAAAGAUAUGUGCUUCCAUUAGACAUAGCUUCUGGUGUUUUGAGUUGAAAGUUUGUUCUAAAUUUUCUUAUAAAAAGUGAAAGUGCUAAGUAGGUAGUGCUCCACAGUUGCAUGCCGUUGGAUUACAGGAAUGUCAAAAUUGGGAAUGGGACAUAUGUAUUCCAUAUAAUGCAAUGUUAAGAAUAGUAACUAAACUGUAAACAUAAAUUCUACAGACUUGUUCAUUUUAUGUAUGAAAGACAAUGGAUAUACAGGUCUAAACAUAAUGAAAUGGUGUAUGGACCUCUGCUCCCAGAUUGUUGUUUGUUGGUGCCUUUGUUAGAGCAGGCAGUUGAAUGUUUGGGAGGGAGGUAGUGUGGAAAAUACAAGGUUAUUUCAUAUUUGGUCUUAUUUUUGCAGAAAGUAUUUGAAGGUAUGUACAGCAAGAAUGUUUUGUUCAGAAAACUGGUAAAAUUCUUAUUUAAUUGUCAUUAUUUUUGGGUGCUGAAGUUGUGUACCUUAAUGUGUUGAGUAUGGAGUUAUGUACACCAGAACAGGCCUUAAGAUGAGUCAGGUGAUGUUUUGGUUGUUCCUUUUUCUGUUAAUAUUGGUUGAAAAUAAUAAAAAAAAAUGCUGCAAGUGC